AUGGUGAAUGAGUCAAAUGGGAACGUGGCUCCUCCCCAGGAGUUAGAGACCUUCCUUCCACACGAUGAGAAGAAAGAUAAAGUUGAGAAAAAAUAUAACCUAACUAAAGAAAAAGAUGUCGAAGAGGGUGAUUACGAUCCGUUUGCUGAAAGAAAAUUGGACAAUCCGACCUCCAACAUGGACACACUAACUCACUUACUGAAGGCAUCUUUGGGUACCGGUAUUCUAGCUAUGCCAAAAGCCUUCCAAUGUUCGGGGCUUUUAGCGGGAAUUUUCUUCACGAUUUUGGUCGCUGUAGUAUGCACUCACUGCGCAUAUGUCCUUAUAAAAUGCGCCCACGUCCUAUACUACAAGACGAAAAAACCAACAAUGAGCUUUCCGGAAGUUGCUGAGGCAGCCCUGGAUAACGGUCCCCAAUGGGGAAGAAGAUGGGCAUAUACUUUUAGAAUCUUCAUCUUGGUCAGUCUGUUCAUAACGUACUUUGGUACGUGUUCGGUGUACGCCGUUAUAAUUGCUGAAAAUAUUAAAAAGGUUGUUCAUUUCUAUUGGGAGAGCACCCAAGAAAACUUCGGGAUACGGAUAUUUAUCCUCUUAAUACUCCCACUGCUAAUCUUUAUGGCAUGGAUCAAGAAUCUUAAAUAUUUGGCGCCGGUAUCAAUGAUAGCGAAUUUAUUUAUGGCUGUGGGCCUCGGGAUAACGUUUUACUUCCUCGUCGGCACCGGAUCCUUGGAUUUCGGGAAUGUUGCAGCAGUGAAGCACCCCAGCGAAUGGCCGCAAUUUUUCUCCCUCACGAUCUUUGCUAUGGAAGCAAUCGGUGUUGUGAUGCCUUUGGAAAAUUCUAUGAAAACUCCGCGCUCCAUGCUUGGUUUCUGCGGAGUUCUGAACAAGGGAAUGUCUGGUGUGACGAUGGUGUACAUUCUUCUUGGAUUCCUGGGCUACCUCCGAUACGGAGAGUUUGUACAAGAUUCGAUCACGCUCAACUUGGAACCUCAUCCCGACGAUCCUAAGAUUUAUGAAGUUCUCGCUCAAACCGUUAAGAUUUCCAUCGCCAUCGCCGUAUACUGCACGUUUGGUCUCCAAUUCUUCGUCUGCAUCGAGAUCAUGUGGAACUGCAUGAAGGACAAGUUCACACAACGGCCGGACCUCGCGGACUACGUGAUGCGCACGAUUCUGGUCACAGUGUGCGUUCUUCUAGCCGUGGCCGUGCCCACCAUCGGUCCAUUUAUGGGCGUCAUCGGCGCGUUCUGCUUCUCCAUACUCGGUCUCAUCGCCCCCGCUUUCAUAGAAAUCAUCACCUUCUGGGAUAUCGGUUUCGGUCCUUAUAAAUAUCUCAUAUGGAAGAAUCUGCUCGUACUAAUUUUCGGGUUAUUCGCUCUCAUCUUCGGCACCAUAGACGCCUUCAAAAGUAUAAUAUCCGUGUACAGCGCACACUAG